GGAGGCGUGGGAAACAGCAGCGUAGGCCUGGGUUGACGUUGUCGCCAUUUUAAAUGUGGCAAAGGUUCACUUACUUAAUUUCUCAAUAAUUGUCCUGUGCAUAAUCAACUAUGGUAGUAUUCCUUACACAACGUCACUCUCCUAUAAAAUGCUAUUACACCGUAAUUCGCACACGCGCAUUAUUGUAAUGACUUCCUAUGAGCGUGUGAUAGAGAGCGCAAGUGACAGCAUCAAUAGCGGAAGUUUCUCUCGUCCUCUCCAAUCUCGUUCUAACCAAACACUUCUCUCCAGCAAGCCUCACAUCCAGCGAUCAAAGAGAGAGAGAACUAAAAGGUAAGAUGCUGAGUGCGUCCACCCCGACCCAGACGCCCCCAAGCGGAGAGGACAGUUCUGGUUCUGACAGGGGGUCAGAGGUCAGUGUUGGAGCUCCAGCCACAGAGACAGACCGCUUCGGCUUCAUCCUGGGGAAUGGAUCCACUGCUGGGAGUGAAGGCCCGCCCCCUGAGCUCGUUAGACAGAGAGAGGCCAAGUGGAUCAACAUCAUAAGCCAAUGGGAUCGUGUCUUACUAAAAAAGUCCAGCAAGGUCAAAGAGCAGUGUCAGAAAGGCAUCCCAGCAUCCCUCAGGGCUAAGUGUUGGCCACUGCUGUGUGGCGCCACAGACAGAAUGCGCCACAACAAGGACCUCUAUCAGACUCUGGACUCCAGACCCGCACUACAGAGCUGGGUGGACAUUAUAGAGAGAGACUUAGACCGCCAGUUCCCCUUCCAUGAGAUGUUCCUCUCCAGAGACGGCCAUGGACAGCGUGGUCUGUUCCGGGUGCUGAAGGCCUUUACUCAGCUGAAGCCUGAGGAGGGUUACUGCCAGGCCCAGGGACCUGUAGCAGCUGUACUGCUGAUGAACAUGCCUACUGAGCAGGCAUUCUGGUGUCUGGUGCAGAUCAGUGAACAGUACCUCCCUGGCUACUACAGUCCCCUUCUGGAGGGGGUUCUCUUUGACGCAGCCAUGCUGACCAGGGUGCUGAAGAGGACGUGUCCCGCGGCUCACAAGCACCUGCAGAGACACGGCGUGGAGCCUCUGAUGUUCGCCACCGAUUGGUUGAUGUGCCUGUUCACACGCCACCUACCCUUUAACACCCUGCUCAGGGUCUGGGACCUGUUCUUCUGCUACGGAGUGCGUGUGUUGUUCCAGGUGGCGGUGGUGUUGGUGCGCAGGGCUCUGGGCCGGGUGGAGCAGAGGGAGGCGUGCGAGGGCCAGAUGGAGACUCUGGAGAGGCUGAGGGGUGUGAGGGAGCAGGUGCAGCAGGAGGACGAUACUUUCAUUGCAGAGGUGUGUUCUGUCCCCCUGUCAAGUAAGGAUCUGGAGAGGCAGACGGAGAGAGAGCUGGAGAAGUGGAGAAUGGAACGGCCCGCCUCCACCUUUGAUCCCCGGGGUCGUUGCCACGGAUAUCGGAUGGCGUGGGCGAGGGUUCAAGAGAGGGAGGAGGAGAGGAACAGGAAGGAGAGGGAGAAAGGGAACCUGUCCCUCCCUCUGAUUCGCUCGCCCUCCCUCCUCUCUCUCUCUCCCUCGCUCCUCCGCAAGAGGUGGAUGACAGGGAGUAGGACAGACAUAGGGGAGUGGGAGGGAGAAGGCAGAGAGGUGAGGAAGGUCUCAGAGGAGGUGUGGGAGGAGAGAAGCGAGGGAGGGAAUCUGAGGAGAAGAAGUGAGAUGGAUGGUAGUCCAGUGAGGGCUCCGGGUGUUCCACGUCCACCUAGAGAGGACAGGGCCCCAGUGGAAAGGAGAGAACCGUUAGAACACAAAGAACCCUUAGAACAGGAGGACAGAAGACAGAAAACUCAGCUGACCCCAGAUUCAGACGGAGAACCUUCCCAGCAGCGUCAGCUCACCUCUGACCACAGCGUCACCUCACAGGGCCAGGGAGAGGAGCAGGGGGGUUUCAACCAGACACCGGUCUCUGAGCAGCACAGCGACAGACAGACACAGGAAACUGAUCACAGUAAAGACACCAUGCAAAGACAGGAAGUACUGAACAAACAGUCAACAGCGAGUGCAAAUAUCAUCACAGUGCAUAUAGCGACAGAGACGAAGGGUGAGGCAGAGAAAAGCAAGGAGACAGAGACACAUGCAGAAGCAAAGACAGAGGAGGAAACUGCUCCACACACACACACAGAACUGAAGACAUACACAGAAGCAAAGACAGAGGAGGAAACUGCUCCACACACAGACACAGAACUGAAGACAUACACAGAAGCAAAGACAGAGGAGGAAACUGCUCCACACACAGACUCAGAACUGAAGACAUACACAGAAGCAAAGACAGAGGAGGAAACUGCUCCACACACAGACCUGAAGACAUACAUUGAAGCAAAGACAGAGGAGGAAAUGGAGGCAGAGGUACAGAAAGGACUACACACAGAUAAAAGUGUAGAGACCGAGACGGACAUGGGGUCAAAAGAGACAGCGACUCAAACAGAUGUGAAUACAGACACAGAGACAGCGACUCAAACAGAUGUGAAUACAGACACGGAGACAGACACACAACAAGAGGCAGAUGUAAACUUGGAGGCAGAAACAGACACGGGCUCACUGACCGAGAGAGACAAAGGCACUGACACAGACACACACACCGACAAGGAGAUACAGGCACGUACAGAGAUCCAUUCACACAAAGGGACAGAGACGCACACAGAUGAAAAAUCUGAGGCAGAGAGAGAAACGGCGUUAGAGACACAUACAGAACCAGAGAGACAGGAAGAACACGAGUCAGUGAUGCACAUAGAGGCAGACACAAGAGUAGAGGCAGAGACAGACUUGGGGUCACAGAUUGAGGCAGAAACACAGAUGGACAAAGAAUCAGAGAUACAGGUAGAUGUAUACAUAGGGAUUGAGACGCGCACAGAGAAAGCCACUGACACAAACACAGGGAUAGAGACGACCAUGGAGUCUCCACAUGACAUUCAGAGACACACAGAGACAGCAAAGACAGAGGUACAGUACACAGAGCCCUCUAGCAUAAUACCAGCCAAUCAGAGCCAGGUUUCUCCAGAGUUGACAUCUACUACUGAGCCUGCGGAGGAGAGGGACUCAUCAGAACAGAAGCUUCCUGAAAAAGCCCAGAGUCCAGUCACCAUCCAUCCAGGUCAGGAGACCCAGAAAGUCAGAGAGAGUGAAGGAGAGAAAGCCUCAACUGACAUCCUUCCACCAUUACAUCAGAGGGAAUCACUGACAGGUGACUUCCCUCACAUACCUGACAACCCAAAGUCACAAAGUCAGAGUGAGUCUCCCCCUCCUGCAGACUCAAAGGCUGACUCUGGCAACUCGGUGUCCACACAAAUUGAUGUCUCGUCCCAAAGGACUACGCCCUGUGAUGGACCGUGGGCAACCCCUUCCGGAGACUUCCGGCUCUGCAAAUCCUCCAGCUCCCGAAGGCUCACCCGCAGGCUCUCUGAGGAUCUCUUCACUAACCCCAACCAAUCACAACCCACCUUCACACAAUCCAAUCAAUCAAAUAUAGGCUUCAUUCAGUCCAAUCAACCACAACCCACAUCUCCCAUUCAGGUACCAAAGCACCCAGAAUCACCCAAACGAGUGACAGGGAGCAACCCGGACACUGUCCCACCUCAGACUGGGCCUACCGACACCCCCAGGCUAUUUGGUCUCUUCCGCAGGCUCAAAGGGGAGCAACCAAGGCAGGACAAGGAGAAAGGGGAGCACAAAGUCCCCAUUCCUCAAAUCCUGAUCCAGGACUUCAGUGAUGGGACGGGUGAGGGGAGCACGGUCAGGGGGGAGGAAGAGGAGAACCUGAGCUCCAGAGAGAGGAGGAGGAGACGGAGGGAGCAGGAG